AUGCGUAUCAAUUUAGACAAUAUUUAUCCUACACAUGACGGCCUUAUUCUAAAAUUAAAUGAAACAUGUCCUAAGGAACAACAGACAAAGGAUCUGCAAUUAAAUAAAGACUAUUCUAAGUUAAUAUAUGUCAACAAUGAAAUACCUGUUGGCUAUAUAAAUUGUGAUUUAAUCACCAACAGAAAGUCAGAUAAUGGGAUAUAUGUUUAUUCCAUAGUAUUACUGUCCAAUUAUCAAGCUGUUACUGAUCUAAAUAUUUUUAAUUAUAUAUUAGAUUAUAUCAUUGAUUUGGCCAAAACCAAUCAUCAACGCUAUAUUACUUUAUAUUUACCAUGGGAUUAUGAUACCAACCCCGUAAAAUCAUCCUUUAAUGAAGUUGUUAGAUGGUUCAUAGACCACGGAGACUUCAAACCUCUAUUUGAGAAUAGUUUAGAACCCAAUGAACUAGAUGACUGUAGUGGAGCUCAAAAAAUAAUUUUAAGAAGACAAUUAUAA